AACCUGCCAUCCAGGAGUCUGCAGAAGCCGACCUGGACAGGGACACGACCGUGGUACCUCCCCUCGCCGUGUGUCGUCAGCACUUUAUCUCAGAGCCUGGCAGGAGCUGCAGGAGAAAACGGGAGGAAAUCUGAUCCAUAUGGUGGCACUAUAAAGCUCCUCGCUGAUGUUCAGGCUUCAUCAAAACCUGGUCACUACUCAUGACUGGCAUCCUCCUCUCACACCUGGGCACUACGGUCUGAACAUCUCACUCUCUCAUCAGCAGCAACAGUUUUUUUCUGCCUUUUUUCAGCGGUGCCUCAGCACAAAGUUCUUCUUCUCAUUAAGACAUGAAGAUACUGGGCCAGGUUCUUUUCUUGGUUUUGCUUGGGGGCAUCUGGUGUCAGAAUAACCGUAAUGCUAAAGCUACUGGUAAGUCCACAAAGAGGUCUGGAGGGAACCAAAACCAAGGAGGGGAUGUUGCCCAGUCUCCCCCUGCGGCUCCUGCUAGUCCUGGAAGUACUGGAAGCGGUGGAAGCUCUCGAGGCAGUGGAGGCACGGCUGAGUCAGGUGCUGCAGCAGCUCGAGCAGCUGGACAGCAGACAGACGAGAUGAGGCUGCACUUCCUCAAGAACACCCACGUUACAUGCAACGAUGGAACAGCAGCUGGGUUUUACCUUAAGGAGUUCAGAGGAAGCCGCCGGUGGCUGUUAUUUCUGGAAGGCGGCUGGUGCUGCUACAGCAAAGAGACCUGUGAUUCCAGGUACCAAAAUAUCCCCCGUCUAAUGAGCUCAUCAGGGUGGCCCCAGACUAAAAGUGGAAGCGGAAUAUUGUCUUCUCAAGUGGAGGAAAACCCACACUGGCAUAAUGCAAACAUUGUAUUCAUCCCAUACUGUUCCAGUGAUGUCUGGAGUGGUACUGGACCUGCCCCAACCCCACCUCCGAGGCCAAGACAAGGCAGGGAGAAAGAAAGGGAGAGAAAUGCCAACGCCACCGAGUACACCUUCAUGGGAUCAUUAAUAAUCCGUGAGGUCAUCAAAGAUCUCAUCCCUAAAGGAAUCAAGCAAGCCAAGGUUGUCAUGCUGUCUGGCACUAGUGCUGGUGGAACAGGUGUUCUUCUCAACAUUGAGAGGGUGGCCAGUCAGCUGGAGCAGCUUGGUGCAGAGGCUCAGGUCCGAGGCCUGGUCGACUCAGGCUGGUUCCUAGAGAGUAAGCAGGAGAGAUCACCUAACUGCCCCGAGACCGUUUCCUGCUCACCUGAGGAUGCUAUCAAGAAUGGCCUCAGGCUGUGGAAUGGGGUUGUUCCUGAUAGAUGUCGGCAGCUCUAUAAGAGAGGGGAGGAGUGGCAGUGCCUCUUUGGUCACAGACUAUACUCCACCUUGACCUCUCCACUAUUCGUCACGCAGUGGCUGUUUGACGAGGAGCAGCUGAGAAUGGAAAACAUCUACAUGGGUGGGCAGAGUCUGUCUGAGGAGCAGUGGCAGUACAUACAGAACUUAGGCUUGGAGCUCAAAAACUCCCUGAGAGAUGUUACCGGUGUAUUUGCUCCAUCCUGCCUGUCCCACACACUGAUUACCAAAAGUAACUGGAUGACUUUUCAAGUGAGAGGCACCUCGCUGCCACGGGCCCUGCAGUGCUGGGACAGGAGUCUGGAAGCAACGCGCAACAACCGGACCCCCGCCAAAGGUUGUCCUUUCCACCUGGUGGACACCUGCCAGUCGCCCCAGUGUAACCCCACCUGCCCGGCCUUGGUGGACCAGGCCACCCAGCAGGAGCUUACCCUCCUCCAGAUGCUGGUAGCGAUGGGCCUUGACCUCCAGAGGCUGGGCCUGGACCCCCAGGGAGAUGCAGAUUCUGUGGCCAGCAUGGCCAGUAACGGUGGUUAAGUGCAAAAAUUGAGGGGGAAUCAGGAGAGAGCCGCGUUAAGGCUCAAUAGAUGAAACAAAAAAAAAAUGUGUUGAAAAUUAAAUGUAACCGUAGAAGUACUACAGAAAUCUGGUUACUAUGUCUUGUGCUGCUCAGCAUUCCAUUAUGCUCCACAUGUCUGUUAACUUUGUGACUUGGCUGGUGGGUAUGUCACUGCGUCUGGGUUUGAGUGGUGUAGCGCACCUUCUAGUGGACACCAGAGGGAAGAGCUCUUGGUCUAAACCCUCAGCUGUACUGGUUGUAGAGCUUUGAUCUUUAGCAGAUGGCUGGACAUAACCUCCUACAACACACUCUCAUCCUGAUCACUCAACAGGAACAUUUACCAUCAGAGCACGGUAGUAGAGUUGUAAUGAACAGAAGCUCCUGCAAAAUCUCAGAGACGAGAAAAAUAUACAUUUGCACUUAUAGCUUUUGAGCAUUUAAAUUCUCUUUGAAUAAAGCUUUGUUUAUUUAGACCCUUCUACCUAAUAGUCAUACAACAUUUUUUUUUCAUACAAUAACUGAGUAUUCAGAUUCUUACAUAAUAGCAUGCAAGUCAGAUAUGUGUUUACCUGAUCCAAUUAAGGAAACACACACACACAAAAAAAAUGUUUGUGUAUGCACGCACAGUUCCGAAUAUGCUGAUGUUUUUUGUGACUUAGUUGUAGACUUUAACGCCCAAUGCUGUGCUAACUUAUAUAUAUUAGCAAUAUAAUAUCUAUUUACAUAUUUUCUAUGCAUGUAAGACAAAAGUGUCAUUUGCUGUGUUUCUGUGUGGGAACCAGCAGAUGAUUACUGUCCUACCACAAUAAUUUGCUCUCAUUAAUAGCUAAGAUCUUUUGAAAUAAAUAAAGCCACUUUAACCAUUUGACAUGCAUUGUCUCCAAAUGGAUAAUGUAACCGCUUAGUGUAACCUACAUGGAGCAGUCCAUAACAGAAUCUGUCUUUCAUAAUGUCAUGCCUGUCUGAUUAGGUGUUUACUGAUGUGACUGGAGGCUGAUGCUUAAUUUUCAUGUAGGUACUGAAAUAACUAAGCUGUUGCACAUGUUCAAACAGUGAAUAAAAAUAUGACAUAUCUCUGA